UUGAAGGGCCUUCUACCGGCGGAAGUUUGCAUUUUCCCCCUGUCCAGCCUAAACUUUCGUUUUGCUCCGAGAAACACCUGAAUCAUGGCAACGUUUUUCGGAGAAGUUUUAUCUGUUUACUCUCGGGCUGUUGAAGAGGAUGAAGAUGAGCUUGAUGAAAACGAAGAAGACGAACAAAUUCGCAGAGAACUGGAGGAGAAGAGAGCUGUUCAUCUUCACUGGAGCCCUGAAAUCACAGAGUUGUUGAAAGCUGGAAACAAGCUGCAGUGUUCCAGCUUCAUCCUGGCUGUGGGAAACAAUGCUGCCAGCUUCCUGUCAGCGUACGUUCUCGCCUCUGCAAACUGGGACGCGGUCGGACGUGCGCUGGCGUGGAACGAGAGGAGCCGGUCUGGAACUGGGCAGAGCAGCGAGGAGUCAGCAUGUGUUUUCUACAGAAACAAGGACGACCCGUCAGUUUUGAUCUGCCAAGCGAUCUGCCACAUUGCAGAGGACCAGCUGUUUCAGUGGACAGAAAAGGUGUUCGACUGCCUGCCGUCCAGAGAGCUCACUGUGACUGUGCUGUCAGAUUGUACUGUGGCUGAUUAUAAGACAGCAGACUAUCUAUGCAGCAGCUCUGCUCCCUUCUUGCGGUCUCUUCACUCCAGCGCGUUCAGCCAUCAGCCUGUCUGCCAGUCACUGGAGCAGCCCAACAUCAUUACAGGACUUCCAGCUGCAGUCCUGAACCAUUGCCAGGUCCAUCGCAUUGCUGCUGUUGUUUACCAGUGUUACAGUGAUGUCACUGGUCCUGACUCCGUCACGGUGGAGAGCUUCAAGCCGGUGCUAACCAAGCUUGGCAGGUCCAUACAGGUGGACUCAUCUCCAAGCACAGACGUCCUGCGCAAGUUAAUCAGAAGCACUGAAAUUCAAAGUAAUCUUUAUAUCUGAGACAAUCCACUCUGUAACUCAGUUCAUUCAUGUGAUAAAAUACUGUUGCUUUUUUUUUAAAUAAAGAUAUUUCUUCAACAGGA